GGGGUGAGAAGCCAGUGUGCAGUAAGAGGUAACCUGACGAGUGGUAGAGGCGCUCCCCCGGUUCUGUGGCUCGCGCUUUGGUACUAGGGACCGAGACUGUUCUGGCGACGGCUACCUCUGCGGCGACGGCUGAGGUUCUCCGAAGAGUAGCGGAGGACGGUCCGGAGGAGGGGCUUCUAGUGAACGCAGUGUGUCUUGGUGUGGCCCUUUUUGAAUUGAUCCUGCUUGGGACUCUGUGUUUCCUGGACCUGGCUGUCUGUUUCCUUUUACAGGUUCUGUCAUAAUGAAUGGAUCCAGUGUGGCGAAUACAUCACCCAGUAUAAAAUCCAAAGAGGACCAGGUGUUAAAUGGACAUGAUGAGAAGGAAAACCCAUUUGCAGAGUACAUGUGGAUGGAGAAUGAAGAGGAUUUCAACAGACAGGUGGAGGAGGAGCUGCAGGAGCAAGAAUUCCUGGACCGCUGCUUUCAGGAGAUGUUGGACGAGGAAGACCAAGACUGGUUUAUUCCAUCUCGAGACCUGCCUCAGGCCAUGGGACAGUUGCAACAACAGUUGAAUGGACUGUCGGUCAGUGAUGGUCAUGAUUCUGAAGAUAUUUUGAGCAAAAGUAACCUGAACCCGGAUGCCAAGGAAUUUAUACCAGGAGUGAAGUACUGAGCUGACGGGAAGCUCUGAGGACUCGUGUGUCCCGCCUCUGGGGACAGCGCUGCACAGGAAGGCGGAGCUGAGGGGGGGAUGGGCAGGGGGUGCACAGCGGGGAAGGGAACAGCGGUUUAACUUGGCACUGUGAGCAGAGAAACUGAUGCGCUCGGUCUUUCUCUACAAGCCUCUGAGUAUUUCUCUUUUGUUCUACUGACUUUCAUUUGAAGCAAUUUCCUAUUGUUUUUAUUAGCUUUUCGAUUUAGGGAAAUUGCAAUCUUUCCCCAUGCCCUCAUCAGGAGUGUUCUGCUGUGUGUUUAAAAGAAUAAGCUGACCAAGAAAAUCUGGGUGUUUAAAGAUGCCCUACCCACCCUGCUGUCUACUUACCAAGGGCAGUGAACACCUGGAGCACUACAUAUUCAGUCUGUUGAGCUGGAUGGGAAGAGGGACAGUUGGAAGAAGCAGGUGUUGUAAACCAGAGUACACAGCUCCCCGACCCCUGGGGGUUUCCUGCAAUGUGCUGGGAUUACCACUGGCCUGCUGAACCCAUGUCUCCUUGCCUGAACCCCGUUCAAGAAAACACAGGCUUAAAAGUACUGGUUUACCAGUACUUUAGAUGGUUGAUAAACCAGCUUUCAUCAACCACCUUUUGAUGGUUAAUGAAAGUAUAGAAGGAGAGGACUGGGAUGGUGGUGUCACUUGAGUCAUUGAUUUACUGUUGACCUACUCUUAAGCCUCUGUUUACAGCUACCAUCAGACUCAUUAUUUACAAGGUAAAAGAGCUCUAGGGUGGAUUUGCCACCUCGACUCUCAUGGUGUCUAAUCCCCUGUCUCCUUUCUGCCCCAAACCCUAUUCUGUUUUUAAGAAGAGACUGUUACCAAAGGUGUGUGAGAGGCAUGCAGUGCUGGCCAUCAGCUUCAGUCUGGAGAGAUCAUCCUUGAAUCCUGAUAGUUAUCGUCUUAAAUUUAUUUUGACAGUUCUUUCCUGGCCCUGUGAAGACUUGGUCCACCUGUAUCUUACUUUCCUUAGAAAGGUUUGUGUACUUUUAUAAGCCCAUGUAUUUUUCAGAACGCUAGCAAGAAGCUCUGUUCAGUUUGAUGCGUCUCCCCACCUUACAGAAUUAUGCAAAAGGACUCCAGAAAAGCCUAGGAGAGUGAGUCCCGCUUGACCCUGUGACUGUGUGAUGCACCGGGACAGUUUCAGCAGUUAUAAAAUUUUGCUGUUGCCACACACCCAGCUUUUUGCAUUUUCUAGGUUGAACUUUCUGGGUAUAUUCUUUUCCUGCCCACAGGUCACAGAUGUUUUGGUUGUUGUUGUUGAUACUCAUAAGGAACUAAGCUGGGCACCAGGAGAUGCCUUUGUGUGCUGGAGAGGUUGGUGGCAGAGUCAGGUCUGAAAAAGAGCGUUCUGGUCCUGGCCGUUCUCCCAGGAUGGGCGAGGACUGGCAGGGGCCUGAGGAGAACAGUGGCCCCUCUGUAUGACCGCCACUGUCUUAUAUGACAAGCCUGUCAGGAAAAGAUCAUGGAACUUGAAUAAAGUCUGUAAAUUCAGUAUGUGUUUAUGGGACAGAGGUUGGAAGGAAAGGGCUAGGGUCUGGAAAACUUAAGAAUUUCUCCUUUUUCUUAUGAGGUCCCUUGCUGACUUUUCUAACAGCCGCAGGUUAAUGUCAGAUUGAAAUAAUGAGCCCGUAUUGCCAGAUGGGCUCCUGAAUUUGCAAAGCCUCUACCUUGAGAGAAUGGAACUCUUUUAACUUGUGAUCAGGGAGGGCUACAAAUAAAGAAAUGUCUUAAUUCCAGCUUCAGCUUUCAGCUGGAAUUGUUGCCUCUGAUAAGGCGAGGACCUUGGAAGUGUAGAAACAGAGGUCUCUUUCUUCCAGGACUGCUGUUCCUCCUUCAGUCUGCAUUAACUUGUCCAAGCUCAGAAUUCUAAAGGCUGGUGAAAGUGUGUUGGGAUUGCAGAAGGAGCCAUUUUCUAGACCAUGGUGUCUCCAUCACAAAGAGGACCACGGAUUUUCUUAUGUGGCCCCUGGUCUGGGAAGUCCUUCAGGGAUCUGCAUCGAGCCGUUCCCUCACCCUGACGCAGGCGUGCCCUUCUGACAGCAGGAUAGGCUAACUGUUAGGUGUGGUCCCAGUGGCUUGCUUCCCCUCCUGCUGUGGGGUUUCGUCUUGGAUGUCGGUGUGGUUUCAGAAGGCAUAUUUGGUCAGGACUAAGAAAGCUUCCUGCCAGAUAAGCAGUGGAACCUGAGGACUGGCCUUUCCAGUCCUAUUGAGACGCAGUUUGCUGACCCCAGGAUCAGGAAGCGGCUAGCAUGUGACCUCCUUUUUAAUGUGUAUGUUUGUGCUUCUAAUGGUUCCUCUUGCAUUCUAACUUUUCUCCAUCUGUUUAUGUUGUGAGGUGGGAGCAUGAUUGUCACCCAGACCACAGGUCCAGCUGUAGUCAGUUUGCCAGCUCCUUAGCAGGAAAUGCAUGUGGGUCUUACUGGGUCUUCAGUGAAGAAAGGCUGGACUCAGACUUUGCCUCUUAGGGGAGGUUAUGGAUGCAAGCCAGACUAGAUACCUUUACCUUUUCAGGAUAAGGCUGGUAUUAUUUUAAGUGAUGAUUAUGAUGUUGAAUUUAAGUCACUACUCUUUUAGUUUUUGUUUUGUUUUUAUUGGCAACUGGAAGUUUAAGUAUAGAAACAGAACAUGUAUUUUUAACAAUUGGUAAUUCUGACUGGUCCCAGUGUUAUUUUAUUAGUGAUUGAUUUUGUGGUUAUUGGACUCUUCACCUCCAAAAUGAAAAGUAUUUUAUCUCUUGCUCUUCAAGGAGAAAAAAGAAAUGCCUUUUAGUUUCUCCAGCCCUUUGAACUGCAACUGAGAAUUUGAUGGAUACAGUCUAGGUCUGAGCACCUGCAGCUUUGGGUCUUUGGGCCAGUUUCUGACUGCGGCAGUUGACUUUAGGGUAUCACAUAAGGUCAAACCCCAAAAAAUUGUAAAGAAAAGGCUGGACCUUUGCAGCCCUUUUAGUUUCCAAAGUCAAAACAGCUGGGGUCUCUUUUAUUAAAGUUACAAUGCUAAUUAUGACUUUAAAGUGUUUUUAGAGGUAAUCAGCAUUUUUCAAAUUGUGUAUUACUAUAAUGGCAAAGUUCUGUCUUGUGUUUGGAGAUGCUGGGAAGUAAGGUCAGUCAAACACUUUGACCUCAGAGUGUAAAUCCAUGUAUGUCAGGGAGGAAAGUUGUGUGAAGAAAUAACCAAAGGAAACUUCUGCAUUAGCGCUGCUGCAGAGCCGGCAUGUAAACACGGGAGCCCAGGACGCCACACUACCGAGGUGGGAGGGGGCAAGUGUUCUUUGCUAGGGGUCCUGGCAUCUGCAGAGCCAGUAUAUAAACACAGGAGCCCAGGACGCCACACUGCCGAGAUGGGAGGGCGCAAGUGUUCUUCGCUAGGGGUCCUGGCAUUACCUUUAAUAGUGUUGUUUGAUUUGGAUUAUGUUGAUGUAUGAGCUCAGCCAGAGACCUGACAGUUUUGACCAAGAUUUGGAGAGCAAUUGGGAAAGACUGUAUAUCCCUGGCCACUCUCUUCUGGGGUAGAUGCGGAGCUCAUUCAUUGGGAAGUGGGUGGAGAGAGCAGGAGGACUGGCUGAGAUCUGUUGAGCAUCAGCAAUGUUGGUUUCCUCCUGCCUUUGCCCACAGUCACCCAUGUGAACCAUGUGGAUCGUUUCCCCUCUCACUGCCCACACAGAUGUUGGUUCCUCGUCCCCCUGUGGUAGACAGUGUACUACUCUCUGCGGUCACUGCUCUGCUGCCUUGCACAUUUCAUCCACAGGCUUGAUUAGUCACAAUUUAGUAAGGUUUUUUUUCCCCUGUUUUUAAUCUUCUAUUUCUCCCAUCUUGAAGCUGCCACUAGUGACAAAGGACAGGGGAAUAGGAGGCUGACCCAGGGACAUAUUCAGGUUUCCUACGCGGCCUCUGUACAUGGCUCACUGCGUCCUGAGUUCACACUAUUCGUGUGUACAUGCUAAGUCGCCUCAGUCGUGUCCGACUCUUUGCAGUCCCUAUGGACUAUAGCUCACCAGGCUCCUCUGUCCAUGAUUUACCAGGCAAGAAUACUGGAGUGGGUUGCCAUGUCCUCCUCCAGGGGAUCUUCCCAGCCUAGGAUCGGACCCAGGCCUCUUAAGUCUCCUGCAUUGGCAGUCAGGAUCUUUACCACACUAGCUCUACCUGGUCUCACUGCCCAGUCCUCCAUAGCGAUCCACAGCCCAGAUUUUGCCGGGGGACAGGGGGUGUCAUAGUGAGACAGCUAACUACACUGAUCUCUACAGGGUGUCACAGCUUUAUCACCCUACCCCCAGGGGACAGAAGAGAAAUCUACAAAGGAACAGAUGCACCAUCUUUCAAGAAAGACGCUCUUUAUGUUUUGUUAUCAGGAGUCUCAUUUGUGAGGUCUGCUGAGCUUUCUUUCCCAGCCCUACCUUCUUACUGGCUCCCUUUUAAUAUUGUAAAUAGUAAGGGAACAUUCUAGGCUGUGGAAAAUGUUUUCACUCUGUAACUCAACACUAAUUAAGAAUCUCUCUUGUUGAUUGUGGGCCUUUGGAAAUGUUUAAUGCUUGAUGGGUGGUUUCCAAGACAGGGACUUUUUUUCCUAACACCUUUAUUGAGGCAUAUUAUCAUAAAGUUCGCCCAUUUCAAGUGUACAAGUCAGUGAUUUUAGUAACUUUCCUGAGUGGCACAGACAUGCAAUUCUGUUUCAGAGCCUUUUCAUCCCCCUCAGUAAGAUCCUUCAUGUCUGUUUACAUGGCACCCAUGGUACUUGCCUAGCUAGGCAACCACUAAUCUACUACUAUAAAUUUGCCUUUUCUGGACAUAAUCUCAGUGGAAUCAUACAAUCUGGUCUCUUGUAUCUGGCUUACUUCAUUUAGUGUAUUUUUGAGGUUAAUCCAUGACAUGUAUUUUAUGUUACUAGUUUGUUCUUUAUUGCUAAAUAAUAUUCCAGUGAUGGAUAUACCACAUUUUGUCAGCAGGGAGUCUUACUAAACUUGGAUUUCAACCUCUUGGGGUCUAAAUGGAACCCUGAGAACAUAGGAUUCAUGGGGGAGCUGCUGUGCCUGUCAAAGGAACUGCUUAUCAGAACCAGCUCUGUCAUCAGAAGCUCCAUGAGGAGCCUGAACUACUGCAGAAAUUUUUAUAAUUUUGCAACUUAUUUUUUGUAUGAAAAUUUCAUGCCGUCUAUUGUCAGGCUUCUGAAGCAUCUGAUAAUUAACAAGUUAAUGAGCAUGUGUUUGAGUGGAAAGAAAUGAAACCAUCAAUACUGUGUUGGAUAUUUUUAUCUCCUCAGCUAGACAGAGGAAUCUCUGAAUUUGAUGUUAUUUCCAUUACAAAGCUGAACAUGUGUUAAGAUCGUGCUGCCUUUGUUGGAUCGAUUUAAGAAGAGGACAGCCAGCAGAAGCGGUCAAGAGGAGAAAGGGAAUGAACUUUGUGGUACAUCCCAGCGGUCUGUGCAUGACCUGUGCAUCUGCUGGUGUGGAUGGUGAAGUGCUGACAAGGCCAGGGCAGCUCAGCACCUCCAGCAGGCCCAGGCUUGGACUUUGGACCUUUUCCCUAUUUCUCAGGUGUUUAAAAGCUGUUUCUGUUCCUUUUUUCCCUAUGUAUACAUUACAUGGUAAUUGUUAAUACUUCUUUGUGGGAGGGGCAGAGCUUUAAAAUUGAAGAAAAUAAUUUUCAUAAAAAUAUCAAAAAUGGAAAAAAGUUACUUUUUAAAAAAUUUGCUAUACAAAGUGGCAGCUGUUGAAAAUCUCAUUAAAAUGAGAAUAAAAUGCA